AUGAGUCGUGCGUUCCACACUGUUCGCCGUGAUGUCCUUCUUGAGGUCCUGCACUCAUUCCUGGACGCCUGCGACUUACGCAUAGUGCAGAUGCUGCUCACCAAUACAUGGCUUGAGUCUCGGGUAAGAGGUGCACCGCUAGAGAAGUUCUCCACAAACAUUGGAGUCCCAGAAGGCGAUAGCCUCUCUACCGUUCUAUUCAUCUUUUACUUAGAGGCUGCCCUCAAGGAGCUGCGACAGGCAUUGCCGGUCCGACCAUUGUCAGAUGGCGGUCUGCCCCUCAACAUCGGUUACGCAGACGACGUUGGCUUCAUUAGCCACAGUGAAGCCUACCUUCGGGAAUUAGAAACCAUUGCCCCAACCAUUCUCGGCAAAUGGCAUUUGAACAUCAAUGCGUCGAAAACCGAGUAUGCAGAAGUAUCAAGGAAACCCGACCGGACUGACGAAGUGUGGAGAUCAGUUAAAAAAUUGGCUCUUUGCUAG